UACACCUAACGUGUCAUCGCACAUGCGCACAAACACCAAAAUGUGUUUGUAAACAAACCAGCAGGCCUACGUCUACGUUUGUAAGAAUGACAGAAGAAACCGAGUUUCCUUCAGUUAUUGAAUUAAAUGUCGGUGGGAGACAUUUCACAACUAGUCUCCUAACCUUGACUAAGUCUGAAGGUACAAUGCUGGCCGCUAUGUUUAGUGGUAAUUAUGAUGUCAAAAAAGACAAGAAUGGCCGAUAUUUCAUUGAUGCAGAUGGCGACACUUUUGCACAUGUGUUGAACUAUUUAAGGUACGGCGAGCUGCCCCCGACACAACAGGCCCCGUCUGUGUAUCGUGAUGCUGUCUACUUCGGACUCCAUGGCUUAACGGAAGAAUUGGAACGCUACCCUAGUAUGCUCUCAAAAAUUCAACGUGAUGCGUAUCGGACACAAUUUCCUGGCUAUCAGAAGGUACUGGUGAAGAUUUUAGACACCGUUACAGAUUCCAACCAAAAGAUUAUUGAUACCACUUCAGAUAUCUUCAUCGCAUUGUUUGCUAAAGUGAAAAAAAAUAAAUUACCAAAUUUUGAUAAAAGUCAUGUUUGUUCUUAUAAACCAAAAAACAAAGAAAACAAGCAUGCUGAUGUUUCCUUGGGUCCUUGGGAUAUUCCAACACCUGAGAAAGAUGUUAUGAAUUGUAUAACUUUUGACCUCAAAGAGCGAGGAUUUGUUGUGACCCACGACUCGCUGGGACAGUGUAACUACAUGUGUGAAAAAAUCCCAGGAAUGCCAGGUCAACUCCUGGUAGAAAAUUGUUGUUAUUCCAUGUUUAAAAUUACAUUUCAUUGGUGGAAAAUGUAAUGUUUGUCUACACGAUAAAUUUACAUGCAAGACUUUUGUUGCAGUUUUCAUAUAAACGUUACCAUCAAAUGAGGAGAAAAUGCCAAGUGUGAAAUAUUGCUUAGAAUAAAAAAAUGAGGACUUCUUCAUCUGACUUCACAUACAUAUUAUUUUAAACCUGUCGCCAAAAUAACUAUAAUUUUACAGUAUACUGUAGAUGAAAAGUUUUAGACUUUAGAGUUCAAAAGAUUGAUCCCUAAGUAUUUGUCCUUUUUGUUGUGAAUUCAUUGUUUUACAUUGUUUAUAAAAACACAAUAGAUGUUUAUUGUUAACACCUAUACCAAACAGAUGUUUAUUGUUAACACCUAUACCAGUUUUACAUUUUAAUUCUUAUUCAAUAUUGGGUUCUGUGAACUUUAUAGCUUUUAAGUGUAAAGUUGAUUUGACACUCAUAUUGAAAAUUUAAAUACAUUUUUAAAAUAUCAUAUUUUUACUAGUUAGUAUUUUCACAGAAUAAAUUUACGUUUGAUGUAAUUGGUAUGUCAUAUAUAUUUCACAUAUAUAUGUGUGAGCGUACAAGUCUACAACUCAUGGCUGUAUCAACUUGUGCAUUACUUACCUUUUUGUGCCAGGAUUUGUUUUACAUCAGUUAAAUUUUUCAAUACUUUGAAAUUGUUGACAUUUUAUCUGUUGGAAAUUGUAUACAUUUUACAUAUACCCAUUUGAUUUUACCCAGAAUGUAUUAUUAAGUGAGUAAAUGCUUUAUCUUGUUGAAUAAAUCUUUGAACAUUCAUUUAA